AUGGCGGAAGGACGGAUGAAUUUAGCUGCUGUACAGCAAAGAGAUCCGUAUAUUACAGAAAUUAUUGACACUGCCUCUCAAGUAGCGUUAUAUUCAUUUAAUUCUAAUACAAAUGAAUGGGAAAAGACAUCCAUUGAAGGGUCGUUAUUUACAUACAAAAGAUCAGCUGCCCCACUGAAAGGCUUCAUGAUCUUAAACCGACUUGGUCUCAACAAUCUGAUAGAGCCAAUCACAAAGGACUUGGAAUUUCAGCAGCAAGAUCCCUUCCUUCUCUACAGAAAUGCUAAAAGCAUUUACGGGAUCUGGUUCUACGACAAGGAGGAGUGUAAGAGGAUCGGAAACACACUGAACAACUAUGUGGCAGCUAUUGGUGCAGUAGGAGGUCAGGGGAAGUUGAGCGGUGAGGUUGGCAUGAUGGCCGCCGGCGGAUCGGGUGUUGAUAUCAUGCAGAUGCUGUCCAAGGCACAGAAGGAAUAUGACACGAGCAGUAAAAAGAUUGAGCCAAAGCCCAUGAUAGACAACCCGAACGCCUCGGCUACAAAGACUUCUACUGGGCUUAUCAGACCUCAGCCACUGAAGAUACCAGACAGAGACACUUCACAGUCAGAUGAAGGUUUAGGGAGUGUAACACCAGGAACCAGUGCCAUCAGCCUGGAGGUGCUGUUCCGUACAGUGAGCCUACAACAGGGAACCGGUACACAGAAACAGCCAAGCACCAGUCAGCCAUCAGCACAGAUGGACAGCUAUUUUUCUGGAGCUCAAGGGAAGUCACUCCAGCGAUCAAUAUCGAUGACGAGCCAGAGUACAGCUUCAACAGAGGCGACGGAACAACAGCCCUCCGCCCCCCAGGGGAACCUGCCACAAUUGCUUAAACAUAUCAUGUCCUCUGGCUCCAUGGUGGAAGAGAUCGAGCGUCUACAGCGAUCUGGUGUAUCUAGUCAAGGGUCUACAUCUUGUUCAACUUCUGAUCCCUCUAAAGAUGUCCCAUGUAUUCCAGAUGUCUCCCAGCCUCCACCAAAUCACCCAGCAUACAGAGGGGCAUCGCCCCAGGCACCAGGUCGUCCCCUGGGCAAGAAACCUCCCAUAGAUGAUCGGGGCGGGGCUAGAAAGAAAGAACAGACUGAAAAACAUAAGGGGCCCACAAACCCUCAGAUGGAAAUAGCUGGGCCUGGCUCAGGCCCUAAUGUGCUUGUUUCUUUGUUUAAAACUACUCCUCCAGUGUCCAGUCAGGCAGAUAGAUCUACAUUACAUCUUGCAUCAACCAGUUCUGCCAAAAUAUCCCCGGAAACUGUUGGUGCUAGGGUUUCCCCCAUUUCCCCUGCAAGGGGGAAGUCAGAUUAUGGCUCAAGAGGGGAGGGGGAUUAUGGUUCUAGAGACAGAUUGGAAUCAACAUUGGCAAGAAGUCCCCUCCUGACUCCGGCAGAUCUGUUACAGACAUCGGCACCGGUGGUCCCAGCCACUACGACUGUUAGCUCAUCCUACCCACAAGAUAAGUCCAUAUUGUCAGCAUUGUCGGCAGCAGCAACCUCCUUGGGCACAGAGUUGCUGUCUCCAAUGGCAUUUCUAACUUCCUCCCGGAAAACACCGCCAGUUACAUCUUCCAAAGGUGAGAAAUGGGCGGUGCCGGUGGAUGGAAUGGACAGGGGCCAGGAGACAGAUACACUUCCUGUUGCAGCGCUAACCCGUGAACAACUGCAACAGGCGCUCGUUUAUCUCUUAAAAAAUGACAGUAGUUUUAUUGCAACGAUCCAUGAAGCUUAUCUGAAGAGUCUACGGGAACUGUCUAAGAAAACGUAGUGACAGUUACCUCCCCUAGCCAUGUGUUCAGUACCUCAGCAGUUACUUUCCUUGAUUGGGUAUUUUAUGUUUUACUGUGCUUUUGUACUUUGUACUGUUGUGCCAAGUUUUAAGUCAUUACUUUCAAAGUAGUGUGUGUAAUUGAGUUCAUAUGUGUAGAUUACAUUUCUAUGUUUGAUUUAUGUUUCAUCCCCUGAUAACAUUUUGAAGCCAACAGUAUAUACAUAUAUAUAUUUGUGGUCCAGUUAAAGCAUUUGAUAGCAAAAGUCUGAGGUUAUGUUUGCAGUUUUGGAAUGAAUUGUGCUAUAGAAAUGAAUAAAAUUAAUUUAUUUGAUUUAAUAGAUGUUGUUGAAAGUUUUUAGUUAAAAAUUCAAACUAUUUAAAUUAUUUGUAUGUGAAAAAGAUGAUUGUAUGAAGCUUGCCUUGUUUUCAAAAUGCUUAUAGAAAUUGUGGAUGCAGAACUGAUUUCUUGAUAUACAAUAAAAGGAAUGAACAAUCACCUAGGAGACUUUUGAUUGUAUUGCUGUUUAUGAUAAUUCAAAGCUACAUUUAUUUUAUUUGGCUUUCUUCGCAAACUCUCUUUGAUAUAUGUUUGUUUGGAAGGAUACAUUAUUUCUUUGGUUUUUAAUUGCAGUCAGACUGUGAUGUAUAUAAUUGUCAUGUUAUCUUUAUUUUACAGAAUGUUUUUUUAAGAAUAUUGAUAAACUGUUUCUACCUUGUCCAUGAAGGAAGUUGUACUGAUUGUUUUACAUGACAUGUUUUAUUUUCUGCUCACCUCUUAUUUGAGCAAAUAUGUUUUAUGUAUCAAUUGUUCAUCUCGAACUCCGCUUAAAAUUACCUCACUUUGAAAUUUCGAAUAAGUAUUAUGCUUCGAUUCAUUUUCAAAUGCAUUUGUGUGCAUCCUUCGGGACUCCAAUAUGUCACAACCAUGGCUCGUGUACACAAGUGGAAGUCCCAAACAUAGCUUUGUCCACAUAUCAAUUGACAACAAACAAUGCAUCUCUCUGAUGCUUAAGAGGGAAACAAUGAGUAAAAGACUCAGGAUAAGUGAAUAAUGAAUUAUUGUCAUGAUGCAGAGCCACAAACAAACUUGAGUUAGUCAACUUUGUCAGAUAGAUUUUUUGGCUGCCUUUAAUGAAAAAAAUCGAUCUGAUGCUCUGGAAUGUGUUUUAAUUACUACUACUAAAAUAAAAUUCAACUAAGCUUUAUAAAGGUACAUUGUAGACCCAAAUGAAUUUUGAGAAGUAUAGUUUUUGUUUUGUGUAUAACCAUGGAUUGUGCUAUUGUGUUAUAAGGCACUGGGCAUUGUUCUUAUAUUCCCCCCCUAAAAAAUGUGGGUGGGAGAGGGUGAGGGUAGUAUCGGAGUGAUCUUGUCAGUCAGUAUGUUGGUUUUAGUCUUGAUAAUAACUCAUGAAAGCCUCAAUGGAUUUAAAUAAUUUUUGGUGCACAUGUUUAACACUAUAAAAUACUGGUUAGACCGGUUACCAACUACCAAAUCUUUAUACUGGUUAAGACCGGUUACCAACUACCAAAUCUUUAUACUGGUUAAGACCGGUUACCAACUACCAAAUCUUUUUUGGACAGAGUUAUGGCCUUUAUUCAACUUAGAGUUUACCAAAAUAUGAGUUUUCCAGGUAUUUACUUUUGACAGUGUCGUCUGAUUAAAACAAAAUUUGGUACACAUUUCAACACCAUAAAAUACUGGUUAAGUCUGAAUUUGGUAACCAAUUUUAAGAAAAAAAAGAACGAGGAAGUUAUGGCCCCUUUUCAACUUAGAAUUGCCAAAAUGUGCUAUCUGGAUAAUAAACUUGUGACAGCUACUGUGGAUUUUAAAUCAUUUUUGGCACACAUGUUUAACACUAAAAAAUACUGGCUAGUUUGACUUGGUUAAAAUCUUCCAAUGUUUGAUUGAGUUAUGGCCCCUUUUCAAAGAAAUAGUUCAACUUUCCUUUGAGAAAUAAGCCUGUUGGGGUAUUUGUCACUCCCGUGAUAGCUGUUGUUGCUUUACCUGUUGUGUAUCAUAUCUGAAAUGUACCAGUAGUUAAGUGUUGGCAAAUUAAUGGUACUCAGAAUUUAUCUAAAAAAAAACAACACAGAUAUUGUGUUGGUCCAGAAUUUUUUUUUAAACAUUCUUUUAAAAAUUAAGUUAUUUUAUUCACAUUUAUGACCAAACACCAAACAACAACUCGUAGAUGCUCUUUUGAACUGAAUGUCCUAAAUCCGAGCCCUUAAUUAUUCAUUUUUUUUAUAACAUUUUCAACGCUUUUCAGAAACUUUUUUACUGGUAUUAACAUUGGAGCUCUUAUUUGAAAUAUGAUGAUGUUUUUAAUCAUUGAAUCGAGAUAAAACCUGAAAGAGUCCCUUGAACAUUUAUUUUAUUUGUUGUACAAUGAGUAAAUAAAUAUGUUCAGUUUGUGCUAGUGCUCAUUUAGAUCAGUCCAUUGAUAGAUUUCAUUCUGGGUAGCAUUAAUUGUGAGAUCUCAGUGAUGUGUUGCCAUAGAGAUUAUUUUGUUUAAGUUAUAAAAAAUGAUAAGCCAUUGUCACACAUGUAACUUGAAAGUGGGUAGCAGCUGGGGGCUGUUAGAUCUACAUUUAAAUGAAAGUUCAGACAAGCAUGCUGGAACCAGUGGAGGGUGCACUUGUUUGGAUUUGUAUUUCACCACUGUGAAGACUUUCUGUUUGAAAAGUAAGGUUGUAUCUUCUGAACGAAAAGUUAGAAUUGUGACAGUUGUGGAAUUGUUAGUCUACUUGUCUAAACAGCAAGCUAUUGUUGUCAUUACACUGCUGUUGUUCAAUGUGUUGUUGAUGUUUGUCAUUGUUAACAUUUUUUAUGUUCAUUAAGUCAACAAAUUUUCAAAGAAUGUAUUUUUGUAGCUUUAAUUAAGAGUAGAUGAAGAAAUAGUAUUAUUUGUAAGUAUAUGGUUGUUUUGACCUAGGGAAUUAUCAGAACUGGGUCUAGGUUUAAGAACAGUGUUGAGUCUGACUCUAGACUCGGUCUCGGACAAUGAAAUUUCUAAAAUGUGGAAAAAAUAUUGUUGUUUUUUAUUUAACAAGUUCUGUGUAAAUUAUAGAUAGUUGUUUGUAAUAUUUACAGCAGUUUUUACUGCAAGAAGGAAAGUUACAAUACAAUAAAGAUGUGCAUUUGUGGGUCUCGAGUGUGACUCUAGACUUUUGACUGUUUGUAAACUUGAGCCUUCAUGUAAAUCAUACAAGCAUCAUCAUGUCAUACUCUUGUUACUGCUUUUCUUUCAAAUACAUUUUGGUGUCAUAUUCUUGUUUUCAUGAUUCCUUUAAUCUAUAAAUGUAAGUGUUUAUAAAUUAUCUCUGAUAUAUAAAUAAGAUCUCCUUGGCUUUGGUGACUGCAUUAUCUAUAAAAGGACAAACAUGCUCAUCUUACAAACCAUGUGAUGAUUAUUCACCAUUGCAUCUUAUUAUCUUAUGUGGGUCUCAAAUUAUUAUCAAUUACUUGAUCAGCACAAGACAUUUCCCAACUACCUGGCAUAGGAUUUAGUUGAAUUUUCCAUUUGCCAAUGAAUCAUUUUCAUGUCCCCAUACAUAACAAUGAUCGGUCAUUUCCCAAACUGGUUUGAAUCAUAUGUUAUGACUCUAUUCAUAGCUAGAAUCAGAUAUUCCCAAACUGACUUGAAUCAUUUUUCAUUCCUUAAUUCAUAGAAAUAAUCAGUCAUUUCUCAAACUGAUCUUUUAUUAUGCCCCUAUUCACAGCAACAGGCUGUCAACCAAUUCCUAUAUUUUCCUAUAUUUUUGAGAAAUUUUGAAUUUUUCAAAACCUCCUAUAUUUCCCUAUAUUUUAGAUUUUUUUUCCUAUAUUUUUCUUAAGAAGUGGUGCUGGGAUAUAUUUGAAUUUAUUCAAAGGUUUAAUACUGCCUUUAGAUAUUGUUUAUUUACAGUUAAGACUGUCUUUAUCAUCUAAACCAUCACCAUCAUUCAGAAUUGCUGUUGUACACCCUUGGUUAUCCAUCUGGACACCUUUGAUGAAGAGUAUGACGAACAUCAAAUCUUAAAGGUGUCCACUUUGGUGACCGCAGUUGUGUUGCUGCAGCAUAGUCUGCCUUGAUGGGGAGGUUUAAAGGGGCUGUACUCUGUAUGAUGAAAUAGCGGGGAAAAAAAGAAAAUUGUCCAAAACUGACAUAAACUUGGUAUCGAUGUGUACAAUGCAUUUAAACUUCGCAAAUUUUUUUGGUGUUUUUCCAUUACUAGGUAUGUCUACCUAGUAAAAUUCAUUCCUUAUGCGUGAUUGGCUAGUCGAUGUUAUCACGUGAUAUUACCAAGUUAGGUAUAUAGCUGAAAUAUUCCAACCGUUAAGGGUAAGCCUUCGUUGCACAGUGGAUACAACACUGGACUGCAAUUUAGGGGACCCCGGUUCAAAACCAAAGGCCAGAAGAGCUUUUGCGAUGGUAAUGUGUACGUAGUAUGUGCGUCUGUGCUUCUGUAAACAAUUUCUUGUUAACAGGAUACAGUCUUCAGUAGUGAUGGGCCGAUGAUCGCCGAUAAUCAAUUAUAUCGGCAGACAUUCGUAAUUUGGCGAUCGGCUGCCUCAUCGUUCCAUAAUCGAAUAAUCGAAAAAAAAAGGUUUGCUUGAAUUCAGUAAAUUUCCAACUUUAUAUAACGCAGUAACUUUGAGCUAAGGGAAGUAACCGAUACUUUGAGGUUUAACAGUACUUUCAUUUAGUUUUUCUUUGCGUUCAAAUAGCUUUAUGAUGGCGGACGGCCAGGGGGACAUUGAUCUAAAAAUAUUUGAUUACCCUGGAUAUCGGUCGUCCAUGUGCUGGACAAGUGCAAAUUAUUCCAGCGAAAUGGUUAGGGUCAUUCAAGCCCAGAUUCUUAUGAAACUAGGCUUGAUCGACCCCAGCUGUGCUCACAUAUUGAAAUGAACGUCAAGAUCAAUGUAAAAACUGUUUGAAGAAUGGAAAUGUUUGUCCAACUCCGAGAAUACGUGAGAAAAGUUUUGCUUAUUUAAUUUAUAAUUACUCGUUAUUUUUAAUCGCUAAUGCCAUCCAAAACCAAUGUGUUAUGUCUCAUUUUUUUCAAUUUAAUUUUCAAAACUGGUUUAAUUAAUGCACCAGUCAAUUGUUACCAAGCACUCCCCCCUAUUAUUCAAUAUGCCAGAAAUAAUACCUGUUUUCUGACUGAAGCAUAAGAAAUGAAAACUAAGGUCCUUAUUGAUAUAUACAUCAGAAAAUGAUGCUUUUGUGAUACUGUCCGAUUACAGCCGAUUAAUCGGAUAAUCGAUCGAUCAAGGUCUCCGAUUAAUCGAUUAUGAAAAUCCAAGCCGAUUGCCCAUCACUGGUCUUCAGUUCCUUCUAUGGAUGCCUAAAUUAUGGGCCUUGAAAGUAUGAAAAAAACGUGAAUCUGUAAGCAAUUGCUUGCGAACACGAUACAGUCUUCAGUUUUGAUUGUAUCUCGAUGAAACUUGUACAGCAUCUAGAUAUCCAUUAGAGCUUAGUUCCUUUUGAAAUCCAGCCAGAUCCGCUCAUGCAUGCCUAGAUAAUGGGUCUUAAAAGUAUAAAAAAUGCAAUUUUAGCUAAGUCUAUUUUAAGCCAAGUCUACAUAAGCAAAGUCUAUUUUUAGCCAAGUUUACAUGUUAAGUCACAAUUGCUUGAAAAUGUUUGUUCAAAUUAUGCCCCUGGGGUCAUAACUGGCCAUACCCAGGGAUCACAGGUUUGGUAUACUUAAAUUGGAAAAUGUUAAAAACCAUUUUGUCUGAAACAGCUAUGCAAAUCCUUGCUAUUUUGAACAAGGCUUUAUUUAGUGGUCCACUACCAUGGUUUUUCAAAUGAUGCCCCUUGGGUCAAAACUGGCGCUGCCCCGGGGGUCACAAGUUUCCUAGAGACUUAUUUAAGAAAUAUUUUCAAAAUCUUCUUGUUUCAAACCACAAGGCCCAUACCUUUGAUAUUUGUUGGGGAGCAUUAUGAUGACUGUCUAGCAAAACAUUUUAAAUAAUGCCCCUUGGGCAAAGGCUGGCCUCACCUUUUUGUACUUACUUUUUAAUUUUUAAAGCUACAGCAAUGAAAUUUUGACCAUGUGCGCAGUUUUGCCAAUGAGCAUCAAUGUUGUCCUCAGAUGUCCUUGACUUUUAGCUUUUGACCAAUUUUUUUAAUUUUUAAAGCUACAGAAAUGAAAUUUUGAACAUGAGUACAGUUUAAAAAGCAAAUACAGUGAAACUGCGUUCCCUCGAACAAGCGGUCGCUCGAGAACCGGCGUUCCCUCGAGGUCGGAGCUUGGUCCCGAACUUUUUUCCUUCUAUUUUCAUAUAAAAUAUACCCACGCUGCCUCGAAACCUAAUUAUGUCGAGCAGUCGAGCAAUAUCCUCGGUCCCAAGUACACAAAUCGUGCACAAAACCUUAUGGCUCCCUCGAGGACAUAAUUUCACACUUUUUCCCGAACGCGUGUUCCAAAAUAAACAAACAUUUGCUAGGUGUUAAAAUUUACGAAAGUUGUAAAAAUUGCAAUGACAGUUGAAAGGCAAUUUGAUAAGGUGUGAAAAACCGUUUUUCAUUGUUAAUGCAUGACCGAUAUUAGUUGAUAUGGGCAUUUGAGAUGAUAAUUAUGAGAAGUUACUGAUAAGAAGUUAAUUGUGAGAAAUUUAAAUGAGUAAUAAAAAUAUGAAUAAAACACUACCAUAUCAAUUCAACAUCGGAUUGAGCAGUUUCGCGAAACCGACAUCUUGUCACAAGAUGCGCCAAUCAACAAUCCUUGAUUUUGCAAAACUUAAAUCUGACUAAUGCUACAAUAUGUACUGUGAUACAAAUGUUGCUUGUUACGAAAAUUGCUUGUUACGAAAAUGUGCUUUUUUGUUAAAAUAAACAUUUCUAUUUAUUCAUUUAUUGUUUUUAAGACAAACUUUGAACAUAUUAGCGAUUUCCACAACGCAACACAUAAUCUGUGUCUUGGUAAACAGUCUGUUUGACGACUUCAAACUUAAAAUACACUGAAAGAUAUUUCAUAUCAAACUGGAAAAUUGAAAAUCGGGUCGUUCGAAACAUCGGUUCCCUCGAGGUUUUGGCUCGGUCCCUGGCGACCUCGAGCGAUCGCAGUUUUACUGUAUAUUUUACCCUCAGAUUACCUUUACUUGGCACAUAUUAAAAUAGUUCACUUUCUGUCCUCAGUUGUUGAACAUGCAGCAUUUUUUUAGCUAACCCAAACACAAAAUGUGAACUAUAUAUUUGUUGCCUAUUACUCAUACGUACAUGCUCUGGAUUGAAAAUUACCACAAGAGCCAUGCCAGUAGAGCAUAGGCCCUCUUGGGCCUCUUGUUUUUACAAUUAUGAUAUCGAAGAGUAAAAAAAAUAUUAAAUAAUUAUCCUGAGAUUCGUUUCAGAAAAAAACUUUUUGAUGCCAAUCUGGUGUACAGUCCCUUUAAGGAAUGUUGAUUAAGUGAAACACAAAUUUUAUGAUUAUAGCCAAUAAAUAAGUUAGUAAAUGUUCACUUACAAACCUCUUAAUGUCGAUUUUUCAACCUUAAAGUUCCUAUAUUUUGCCCAGAAAUUGCCAAAAUCUCCUAUAUUUUUGCACAAAAUUUCCUAUAUUUUUUCCUUUAUUUUCACUAAAACUUGGUUGACGGCCUGCAGCAAGAAUCAGACAUUUCCUAGACUGACUUGCCCCAAUUUAUAGUAAUAAUCAGACAUGUCCCCAGACGGUUUGAAUCAUUUAUUUUGUCCCAUAUUCAUGGCUAGAAUAAGCUUUUCCCAAAUGGGCUCUAAUCACUUAUCCCCCUAUCUUUUCCAAGAAUAAGGCAUUUCCCAAACUGGCUUGAAUUAUUUGUUAUGCCCUUCUUCAUCGUCAGAGUCAGUCAUUUCCCACACUAGCUUGACUCAUUUGUUAUGCCCUUGUGCAUGGCCAGAGUCAGACAUUUCCCAGACUAGCUUGCCCCAAUUAAUGGCAAAAAUCAGCCAUUUUCUAAACGGGCUCGAAUCAUUUGUUAUGCUCCUAUUCAUGGCCAGAAUCAAACAUUUCCCAAACUAGCAUCCCCCAAUUAAUAGCAAGAAUCAGUCAUUUCCCAAACUAGCUUGCCCCAAUUAAUUGCAAGUGUCAGUCAUUUCCUAAAUGUGCUUGAAUCAUUUUUAUGCCCUUAUUUAUGGCCAGAAUGAGACAUUUACCAAACUACCCCGGCGAAAAAGGUUCAUGAAGUUCAUGAAUUAUUCAUGAAAUAGUUCAUGAAAAGUUCAUGAAGGACAAAUGGCCGAUUUAUUCAUGAAGUUCAUGAACUAAAGGUUCAUGAACUUCAUGAACUUUUUAAUGAAAAGUUCAUGAAGGAAAAAUGGCCAAUUUAUUCAUGAAGUUCAUGAACUUAAGGUUCAUGAAGUUCAUUAAAUAGUUCAUGAAGGACAAAUGGCCGAUUUAUUCAUGAAGUUCAUGAACUAAAGGUUCAUGAACUUCAUGAACUUUUUAAUAAAAAGUUCAUGAAGGAAAAAUGGCCAAUUUAUUCAUGAAGUUCAUGAACUAAAAGUCAUUCAAUUAAAGUUCUUGAACCAAAUUUCAAGAACUUUAUGAACUAAAAGUAACUGAACUAAGUGUUCAUCAUAAGUGGUCAUUUUUCUUUCAUGAACUUUUUGCAGCAAAUUAAUAUUAUGAAUUUCAUGAAUAUUCAUCAACAAAAUUUCACUAUGAUCACAGCAAUUUACUCAAUAAUUGGAAACUAUGAAUGUUAUGCAAUAAACAUGUAGAAAUGAGAUGAUCACAACUGUAAUAGACUAUUAGUGGAUUGUAAGCAAAUUAAACUUGACCAUCACAUAAAUAUUCUAAUAAAUGUACUUUCAAUAGUUAUGCAAUUGAACAUACAUUAAUUUAUAAUACUUAUUCAUUGUUUUUCAUAAUGGUUUAAGAAGUUAUAAUGAAACAAGACUAAUCAUUAUAAAAUAUGACAGUUCUAUGGUUUUGUCAAGAAGUCGCCCAUUUAUAACACUUCCACUUUUUAUGACACAUAACACUGUUGUGAGUAUAUACACCUAAGACCUUGCCAAAUGAUGUAAUAUCAUUGUAGAUGAUGAUAGUUCUUCUUUAGGGUAGAAUGUGUGUAAGCUUCAAAUUUAUUUAAUCACUGCGACUUGCCAAUUUUUUUCUGACAGGAUCUAGUUUGUGUAAAGCAGUCCCGCACUAUACAGGAACAGUUUUUCACUUCUUCCCUAGUUAAGAUAGUGUAACUCAUAUUUUUUAACAGUUUCGAAAAUUAUAUCUGUAUCAAUGUUGAUUUCCACAGCAACUAACAUGGAGUUGGUAGAUGAUAUGAUUCUAUACUGCAGUUCAGUAAUAUGUAUCGCCCAUGUCCUCCUUUUCUUUCUCAACCGGCAGUUGUCUUCCACUAUUUUAAGUCUGUUUUCCCUGAAAAAUAUAUGACAUUGAAUUUAGCUUUUGAUGAUAAAAAGCAAGUUUAAAAUACAUAAUUAAAGUCUUCUUCCUUUAAAUAAGGCCAAUUUUAAAUUAUUUUAACUCUAGAAGAUUAAAGAAUGGAUGAGAUUUUAAGCUGUUCACAUUUAAGUUUCACUAUGCAGUUGAAACAAAAUUAGCUAGUAUUAAUUGUAGGUAGAGGGCGAUUCACAUUUAAGCCUCAAAGUGAUACCAAUUGCAAUCUACUGUCAAGUUCUUGAGUCAUAUGACAGUUAAGGGGCAUUGCUCUAGUAAUUGAAUUGCUAUGUUUGAGAGAAAAGGGUCCUCCUGGGAAAAACAAUAAAUGUAUGACUUUGUAUUAACACUCACUUCUGUCAAAUAUGUAUUUGGUUCCAUUGAAAUCCACUAUGACGUGUUCAUGACAAAAAAAAACUUCAUAACUUUUAAAAUUAUCUUAGCUUAAACCCUUACCAGUUACUCUAGUCAGUAGUGUCAUGAACACGUGGGCAGCUGCAGAAAUUGUACAGCACAUGUUGGUGGGUUGGGGCUCUGUAUCGUGGCAACAUGAUCUGGGUUCAGGCGUACCGGUAACAGGAAAAGUUGACAUCCUCACUUUCGCCACAUCUAUAGCUGAGUAACUGCAUAAUUGGUUGUGUUUUACUCGUCUCCAUUGAGUCUGAAAUGGACAAUUUACUUUAGUGAAUAUCAUAAACAAUUAUAUGUAAGAUAUGUUUUCUUCACCCAAUCACCCAAGAACAUUAAAUGAAUGCAGUCACAUAUCACAAUUCUAAACUGUCACAUAUUUUCGCGACUUCUUUAAAUUGUCUCUUUUCCGAUCAAAUGAAAGUAUUACACAAGUAAACACAUUUCAAAGUGAUGGAGCGAAAUGACAAUAAGUUCUAAUGAUUUUUUGUAAGAAAAACAUAUAAUUCAUCAUUUGAAAAAUCAAAUUGUCGAUUGACAUGCUCUUUCCAGAAAUUACAAUUUACAGUCAAUUGAUAUUGUCAUUGAAUAACGUUGUACAUUUAGUAAGGAGUCAAAACCAAUUUAGUUCAACAAUAAUUUACAAGUGAUAGGUAAAAACUCACCAAUUUGCCAUCCUGGUCAUUUUAAUGACCUACACAACGAAAGCUUCGUCCAUUAUCGUCUGCAGAAUGUACCUCCGGUUCAAUUCAAAAUGGCGGCUUAUUGUUGUCAUUCAGCUGUGUUUGCAAUUUUUUUCAGUGUUAAAGACAACUAAUGGAUUUUGAAUUACUCUGGAGGAAAGAAAUCAUAGCUAUUAAUUAUCUUACCAUCUAUCAGCCAAUGUGUAAAUACAUUUUCACGCUGUCGAAUAGUGGAGAUUAAAAACUACUGUUUGGAACAUUGCCGUCACCAAGACUCAAGACAUUUGUUUAAACAAAACUUAAGUCAAUUUUGAAGUUUAAAAAUCAUAUAAACGACUAUGAAUGCCUAUCAAUUAUAUAUGUACAGCAUGGUCACUAAAACAAAAGUUGUAUGGGAAAACUAUUUCUUAAGAAUCUUAACCAAUAAAUAUUUCAGAACCAGUUGUUUCGGUUUAUGAGAAAAUCUUCUUUUGUUUUUCAACACUUUGUUAAGAAUAUUCCUUCAGCCACAAAUCUCAGAUCAUCUGUAUACGAAGUUGAUGAACAAGAAAGGUAAAAACAUUUCACGUUCCCCUCUCAAUCCCUGAUGUACCCCUGCCCUGGGGGGGGGGGGGGGCGUUGUUACAAUUGUCUGACUGGUACAUUUAUAACUAGAAAAGAUAUUUUUAAAUGCAAACUUGAAUCUUACGUUGCAGUUCUGCUAAACUUUAAUAGAAUGUUGAGGAACUUGACAAACAAACUUUCAAAGUUCAUGAACUUUCAGUUAACUGGUCAAAAGUUCAUGAACUAAUAAAUUAUCACAAUAAUAGUUCAUGAACUUCAAUACUUGGUUCAUGAACUUCACAAAAAUUAUUUCAAAGUUCAUGAACUUAUUUUGAAGUUCAUGAACUUAUUUGGAAGUUCAUGUACUUUUGGAAUAGUUCAUGAAUUUUUGGAAUAGUUCAUGAACCUUUUUCGCAGGGGUAGCUUGCCCCAAUAAAUGGCAAGAAUCAGUCAUUUCCCAAACUGGCUUAUUUGUAUUGCCCCUUAUUCAUGGCUUUAUGUGGCCAUAUUUUCUUGCUUGUAUCACCAGCCUGUAACUUUAUGUGGCCAGAUUUCCUGGCUGGGAUCACCAGCCUGUAACUUUAUGUGGCCAGAUUUCCUUGCUGGGAUCACCAGAAUGUAACUUUAUGUGGCCAGUUUCCUUGCUAGGAUCACCAGCCUGUAACUUUAUGUGGCCAGAUUUCCUUGCUAGGAUCACCAGCCUGUAACUUUAAGUGGCCAGAUUUCCUUGCUAGGAUCACCAGCCUGUAACUUGAUGUGGCCAGAUUUCCUUGCUAGGAUCACCAGCCUGUAACUUUGUGGUGGUUUUUCUUUUUCAGUUUUUGAAAUUUAAAAAAAUAAUAAUGAAACUAUGAUUUCAAUGAAUUAUUUCAAAUAUAUCUUUUAGGCUUGAUUAUUUCAAAAAUAAGGAGGUCUAUACUACUCGCCCAGGUGACUGCGACAGCCUUUGGUUAAAGUUUUAGGGCAAGUUGGCAUUUUCAUUUAUAACUCCAAUACCUUUGUUCAAUUGACUAAGUACUCCACAUAGAUGUUCAGGACCACACAAUGAGGUCACAUAACUUUAUAUUAUCCUAAAUUCAAAUUAUGGCCCCUGAUUGACUUAGGAACUAAGGUAUAGUUUUAAGGCACAUUGUGUCGGGUUCAAUAUGUGGCCAAGUUUGGAGUUUUACUAAUAAUUUUUGUAACCUUUAUUUAAUGGACUUAUUACUUCACACAAUUAUUUAUGACCAUAUUGCAAUAAAGUUACAUACCUACAUAGGUAGCUCCAUAUUAACCCUUAAUAAAAAUUAUGGCCCUUGAUUACUUUUUUAUUGCUUUUGACAUAUUGUGACCCAACUUGGUAUGUAAAAAGAGUUCAUGGAGAUUCAUGGGAUAACAUUUGGGGCUCCUAGUGUCCAGGUGAAGGUCACUGCUACUGAAAAUAGAAAAAAAAGUUCAAACUUAAUAUCUCAAAUAAAGCUGCAUUUUUUAUUGCUUUUGAAAGGCACAUACUACAUCAUUAUUGUAAUUAUUUCUUAGACAAAGCAGCCUAUAGUUGAGCCCGCUAUCCUUCAACAGCCCUUGUUAUAUAUCUAGGCUAUACCUAGCCUUGUUUUGUUUUGACAUGAAAAAUCUCCUGUGCAAUUAAAUAUUGAAGUCAAAUAAAUUUAACAAUCUCA